ACAGUGAAAAAAAAAGGGAAAGAAAUGUGAGAGUAUUCUUGUUGCGCCUUCAACCCUUCAAACACUCUUCAAAAUUUUCAGCCCCUCAACAGAAACCCUCUCUCUUCCACACACACACUGAAUGGUACGAGAGUUAUUUGCCAUGGAGCAGCUCUAUGCACAGUGAAUGGUGCUGUUAGGUAAUCGCAUAAUUUUAGAAGUUGAAGGGUCAAACUGAAGCAGAUGGAUGUGAUUGAAUCCAUUGAUGAUCUCCAAGUGCAAGAUCCACCCGGAGAAGAUUUCUGCUCAGCCGAUUUGGAUUGGGUCAAGCUUAGGAGUGCAGAGCGAUGUGAUGAAGUUGCUCUUAUACCUUAUGAUCGGGUUGAUGCAUUCAUCAUUGGAGAAUGUUCUACUUUAGAGUGCCCAACUAGGUUCCACAUCGAGAGGGGCCGGAAACGAUCCCCAGGAAGCUUAAAGGAAUACAAGAAUGAUGAGUAUUUGGAGUAUAGGCUGUAUUGGUGUUCUUUUGGACCUGAAAAUUAUGGAGAAGGUGGAGGUACAUUGCCAAGUAGAAGGUAUCGGCUAAACACUCGAAAUCGUGCAGCCAGGCCUCAAUCUAUGCGGGGAUGUACAUGCAAUUUUGUUGUGAAGCGUCUGUAUGCCCGUCCAUCCCUUGUGCUUCUUAUAUAUAAUGAGAGACGUCAUGUGAAUAAAGCAGGUUUUGUCUGCCAUGGUCCCCUAGAUAAGGAUGCAAUAGGCCCUGGCGCCAAGAAGAUUCCGUAUGUUUGUAGUGAGAUUCAACAGCAAACUAUGUCUAUGAUAUAUCUUGGUAUACCCGAGGAAAAUGUGUUGGAGAAACAUAUUGAGGGGGUUCAACGCUAUUGUGGUCCUGAUCCAAAAGUGAAAACCCAUGCUUCACAAUAUGUGCAGAAACUUGGGAUGAUUAUUAAGCGUUCCACUCAAGAGUUGGAUCUCGAUGAUGAAGCAAGCAUCCGUUUGUGGGCUGAGCGGAACAAGAAGUCCAUUUUCUUUUAUCGAGAUACGUCAGAAAACGAGCCUUUUAUUUUAGGAAUACAGACUGAAUGGCAGCUGCAACAAAUGAUCCGGUUUGGCCAUCGCAGUAUCAUAGCAGCUGAUUCAACAUUUGGAAUUAAGAGACUAAAGUAUCCAUUGUGCACACUUCUUGUUUUUGACUCAAGAGGACAUGCGCUCCCUGUUGCUUGGAUCAUUACCCGCAGUAUUGCUAAGCCAGAUGUCAGUAUAUGGAUGAAAUCACUACUUGAUCGAGUUCACUCAGUUGACCAUGGAUGGAAAGCCAGCGGAUUUAUAGUUGACGAUGCUGCUGCAGAGAUUGAGCCCAUAAGGGAGACAUUUUCUUGCCCUGUACUUUUUUCCCUCUGGCGGGUUCGUAGGUCAUGGCUGAGACAUAUAGUUAAGAAAUGUACUAACAUUGAAGUCCAGAGGGAGAUCUUUAAACGUUUGGGUCAAAUAGUGUACGGCAUUUGGGGAGGAAUGAAUCUUAACGUUGCUUUAGAAGAGCUUAUGCUGGAUUGUGUCGAUCAAACUUCCUUUAUGCAAUAUUUCAAAGAUUCUUGGCUCCCUAAGAUCGAAAUGUGGCUCGAGUUAAUGAAGACUGUGCCACUUGCAAGCCAGGAAGCAUCCGGUGCAAUUGAAGCAUAUCACGUGAAGCUGAAAACUAGACUGUACGAUGAUUCACAUCUUGGUUCCCUCCAGAGGGUUGAUUGGCUAGUUCAUAAGUUGACAACUGAGUUGCACUCUAGCUACUGGCUUGACCGCUAUGCAGAUGAAAGUGAUUUAUUUCCAAACGUGAAGGAGGAAUACAUGGCUUCGACUUCAUGGUAUCGAGCUCUCCAAAUUCCCAACGCUUCUGUUUCCUUUGAUGAAAAAGACCAACUUUUUGCUAAAGUGCUCAGUCAAAAUGACAGCAGCCAAAGUAAACUAGUCUGGAAUCCUGGUUCUGAAUUUGCUCAUUGUGACUGUGAAUGGGCGUUGCAAGGGAACCUAUGCAAGCAUGUGAUUAAGGUCAAUAUGAUUUGUGGUAAUAUGCCUCACUACCAAUCUUCCUUAUCGUUUCAGUCACUUAAAACUAUGUUAAUGGAUCUCUGGAAGAAGCCAAUGGAUGAUUCUGUAUCAAUGGACCUGUCAACUGCCUGGACAUUACAAGUUCUCGACCAAGUCCAGAAGCUCGUGGAGUUGGAUGAUUCCAAUAAUAUAGGUCUUGUUGUAGACAAUAUGCCGCUAAAAUGGGCUGCUAAACGAGUCAGAACAUCAUCACCUGGCAGACAGUCACAACCCUCUGUGUUGCCAGGACCCUCCAAGAGUUCUGCUACUAAUAAGAGUGGGAAGAGGAAGAAAUUGUAGCACCUAAGAUGAUCCUUUGGCAUUGAUCCGGGGAUUGAAAUCGUGUGUCUGAUGUCAUUGAUGAGGCACUCAUGGCACAAGAUGAUAAGAAAGAUGGGAAAACACCAAUGAAGCACAUGGCUGUGACUGCCAGUGGCAGUGAACUCAGGUUGGCCAUGAAAUUGCUCUGAGCAUAGGAGAUUGGAUUACCACUGCAUUCUUGGUAUUUGGUUUUGCCAUCGGACGAUGUUCUACCAGCCUUCACCCUCAACAGUUUGUUAUAGUAGAAGCAAACAUCGCGAUGAAACGUUAAAAAAUCCGACUUGUGCAUGGUUUUGCAGGUAACAACAGAAUGCAAUCUUGCUUAACUAUGCUUUCACUUUUCGGACAAGUUGUAGUAAGACUGUUAAAUCACCACCCAAGCCCCGAACAUGGUCUGUUGAGUGUAUAUCCGUGAACCAUUUUAUUAUGUUACCUCUCUCUCUCUCUCUCUCACCGUGUAAACAGCGAUGGACCAGUUGUGUUUUCUUUAGCUCAUUGGUUUGCAGGUUAUUCAGAGUCAUAUUUUAUCCCAUAUGUGUUAACUUGAGUAUGAGUAGCUUAUCUUUCCA